CCACUCACUCUUCCUCUCAAAAAGUGGACGGCAACUUGGAGUGUCUUUCUCCUCUCUUAUUUUCUCACUCGAUUCAAAGAGAAAUCUCUAUUUUCUUUGAGUUAGAAUUGCUAGAAAAGGUUUCUAGUGUCCUAAAUACCCAUUAACCUUCACUAAAGCAAUAAACCCUAUCUUAAAAUUGGUUGACAAGGCUUGAGAAGCCAAUCUAGGGGCUGCCAUUGCUACUUUGGUGUGUGCUUGUGGUAGACAAACUAGAGGAACAACAUUUGGGGUCCUAAGAACAUCAUAAGAUUGCAUUAAUUGUGUAUCAAGAGGUGUACCAGACUAGCAGUUGCCAAGCUGAAGAGAAGGUGAAAUACAUGGCAUGGACAAAUGAAAUGGAUAGUUGCCUUACCAAGAUACUUGUUGAGCAACCAAAAAGGGCAACAAAAUGGAUGGAACUUUGAAGGCUGAAGCAUAUAUGAUUACUGUUGCAAACAUAAAUGAAAAAUUUGGGCUUUAUUUGACUAAGGAGAAUAUCAAGAAUAGGCUAAAAACAUGGAAGAAGCAGUUUAAGAUUUUAGUAGCUUCUUGCUCAUAAUGGAUUUGAGUGAGAUGGAGCACAAAAGAUGGUUGUUGCAGAAAAUUCAGUAUGGAAUGACUACGUCAAGGUGCAUGCAUGGACUUUGACAUGUAUUUAUUUUCUUGAUUAGUUUUUCUAUUUUUUCAUAAUUCGUUGUCCAAUGACUAUUAUGAAGCCUUUUAUUCUGUCCACACCAGGAUUUUUCGUGCAAAAGUCAUUGAGAACUAUGAUCAGUUAUGUCUCAGUUUGGGGAAUUGUGAUGAUGCUUCGGAGACUAUUGAUGCCUUUCCUAUUCAAGCUGGUAUGGUGAAAGACAAAGUGAAGAACAUGAUGUGGACCAAUGAAAUGGCCCAUUGCCUCAACAAGAUCCUUGUGGUCGAGGAGCGACUGAGAGUGGGAAAUAAAAAUAAAUUGGAUAACAAAUUAAAACCUGCCACAUAUGUAGCACCUGUAUUGGCCGUGAAUGAAAGGUUUCAACUUGACUUGGUGAAAGCUCAUGUUAAAAACUGUCUGAAAACAUGGAAGAAACAGUAUGACAUUAAGUAACUCUAUGAACAUAAUGAAUUUGAAUGGAAUGAGACGAGAAACGGUGCACAUAUCAGAUUUUUUGGUUUGCAAUUCAUGCAAUAACAUGCAUCAUGAACAUUUUAUUAUGCAGAUGUGAAAUAGUUUAUUAUUUUUUACUUCUUUUUGAAGCAUAGGAACCCUUAUGCGAGGCAACUUCAAGGCCGGGUUAUCAAUAGCUUUGAUGAACUGAGCAUUAUUAUUGGCUGUGAUGAUCCCCCCUGAAAGUUCUCUAAAUGGUGAUGAUACUAAUUUUAAUUUGGCUGCAGGUGGUGCAGCUGUGGAUGCCGAAGAUGCAUUUAAAAAUCAAAGUGACAAUGCAAAAGAGAAAGGGAAGUAUAUAUCCUGGACUGAAGAAAUGGAUCAUUGCCUAACAGAGCUGCUGCUUGAGCAAGUUCUGCUUGGAAAUAGGCUGGCGAAAAAUUUUAAGGCUGCAGCUUAUACCGCUGCUCUUACUGUUUUAAACAAAAAGUUUGCACUGGUGUUAACAAAGGAAAACAUUAGAAACCGCUUAAAAACGUGGAGGAAACAGUAUGGACUAGUGAAAGAACUCCUUUCUCAUAGUGGAUUUGAGUGGGAUGAGAGACAAAAGAUGGUUGUGGCUAGUGACUCCAAAUGGAAUGAAUAUAUUAAGAAAUCCUGAUGCAAGACAUUUGCGUGCAAAAUCCAUUGAGAACUUGAGUGAGUUGCAGAUCAUUGUUGGCAAUGAGCUGGGUAGUAGAAACUGCUCUGGAACUGGUGCCAAAUUUGUAAAUCCUGUACAGAGCUAUAAAGACCAUGCUGAAACUCCAUUAAAUUUCUUGGUUGAUGAAGAAAUAAAUGAUGAUAGUGCUGGUAAUGACAGGCAAGAGUCAACUCAGUGGAUAUGGUCUAGGCCUUCAUUAUC